CAUCUGCUCCACUCUUCCCUUCUCUGACUGCCCUAUCAUCAUGAUCAUCAUCUUCUUCUUCUUAUCAUCCUCUCUCGUCCAUAAAAGCUAAAGAUCUCGUUCUCACAGCUUUUCUGAGAUCUGAUAAAUGGUUGACUUCUCAGCCAACUUUGAGACACUAUUGAUGGAGGAAGCAGUAACGGCAGCUAAUUAUGGGUCAGAUGGGUCAGAAGAAGAUGACCUCUUGAGAGAGCUUUUGGAUCAUCAUUAUAAUAACUAUCAUGAGUCUCCUUUCCCUUCUUCCACCAUUGAACCCUGCGUAAGAAAAUCAGCUUCCACCAACAUUAACUCCUUGAUCUCUAACAUUUAUUCAGGACCUACCAUCUCUGAUAUCGAAAAUGCCUUGUCCUUUACCAACCGCAAACAACAUUAUAAUUCCCAAGACUUCUCCUUAUCCAGGGUGUCGACACUGGAGAGAGGACUGAGCAAGAUAGAGAAUAAGUAUACUCUGAAAAUGAAGUGCUUUGGGAAUGGGAUGGGUGAUGAUGGAUACAAGUGGAGGAAGUACGGACAGAAAUAUAUUAAGAAUAGUCCAAAUCCUAGGAGCUACUAUAGGUGCACUAAUCCAAGGUGUAAUGCCAAGAAGCAAGUGGAAAGAUGCAAUGAUGACCCAGACACUCUUAUGAUAACCUAUGAAGGGCUUCAUCUUCACUUUGCUUAUCCAUGUUUGUUGAUGACCCAGGCCCAUGAAUCCCUUUCACCUCCAACAAAAAAGGCCAAGACCAAUAGCACUUCCCCGGACCAAGCCCAUGAAGGUCCAAUCGCACUAGAAUCUGAUCAGGCCCAAGUCCAUGAGAUUAGCAAGGGAUCACAAGGGCUGCUUGAAGACAUGGUGCCUUUGAUGAUUCGAAAUCCUACAAUUAGAAAUUUAAAUCCUUUGCAGUCUUGAAAUAUCUGCAUGGUUAAAUAGAGAUCAUUAAAGGCCAAAAAAAAAAAAAAACGAGUAUUGAAUAAAUCGGGAAAAUGUGGUCUACAUGUACACAUCCUAAUCUCAUGGGUCAUAUUUUUCUAGUUGUAGACGAACUAAUUUAUAUAUAUAUAUAUAUAUAUAUAUAAAAUAUAGUGGCAUAUCUCAAAGUCUCAAACUUAACUCGUUCCUUCUUACCCCCUUACAUUUUUUAAUUAUUACAUCAUCUCCUCUUAAUUUUAGCAUUUAUAUAUGCUAAAAAAGACCCAAUAAUCUGUUUUGUAUUUGUUUUGGGAGAGCGGUUGUUUCAUCUUUUAUUUUUAGUAACAUCAUCUUUUAUUUUCAUUUCCUCCAACUGAUCAAUGUUUGUCAUAAAUUUCUCUAGUUCACACACACACACCACACACACACACACACACACACAAUUUAAGAUUAG